CAGCUUUUUGCUCUCACUUUAAACUUGGCGUUCAACAGAGAAAAAACGGCUCUACGCAUUGCUUCGUGCCGAAGCUUGCUCUCCCACCCAGGCCCAGUAGAAUUUCGGCGUCCGUUCCCCCACGGAAUUCUAGGAAUUCCAGAAAUCUCAGGUAUUCGCCAGCUGAAGCAUCAUCCAGAGAACCAAACAAUAAGCUCAACCACCCGCCGCUGCCGCCAUCAUGUCGUCCACAUCGGCUCUCAAGUUGUUCGUCUAUGCCCUGGACAUAGUUUGCGCGCUGCUGGCCCUGGUGCUGAUAUCUUUUGGCAUCUAUGUGGUGGUGUCCUAUGAUCUGAACGAAAUUGGAAAUCUGACGGCUUACGGAUUUAUUUUUCUGGGGGCGGUGGCCCUGGUAAUCCUAUUGUGGGGUUAUCUGUCCGCUUGGAAGGAAAAUGUUUGCUGCACUGUCACGUUCGUUGUGUUCUUGUGGCUAAUUAUUGCCUCCCAGUUUGCUGUGGUGUUUUUGCUGAUCCACAACGAAAAGUCUGUGGCCUCCAAUCUGGCCAACCCGCUGGAGGCCACUUGGGAGGAAGAGCUCAGCAGUCCCGGCGCCAUGUCCAUUUAUCAGAACUGGUUCCAAUGCUGCGGUCGUGGCAGUCCCCAGGAUUAUAUUGUCAACGAGCGACUGCCCCCAGAGACCUGUUUCCGCAACCAUGACAAGAGCAAGGCCGAGAACCUCAUCCACACUGGCUGCCGAGUGGAGUUCGAAAACUAUUGGCUGCAACUGUUGCAAAUUUUCAAUAUUCUCGGCUGUGUGCUAAUUGGCAUCGAGCUCCUGAUCAGCGUCAUCUCGAUUCGGCUGUGCAACAGCAUUCGAAACGAUCAGCGACGUUCGUAUUUCUAAGACUAUCCCGAAACCCUCAACAUUUGCCAAAUAAUUGGUUAUUUUUUAAACAAAAUUGUUAUUAUAUUAUUCAACGAGAUUCGUAAGACGCAAGCAAGCCUUAAAAAAAGCUUUUAAAACUACUGUUGAACAUAUAAAGCUGGAAAUCGGGAGAUACAAAUAGAAUGCAAUACACACACACACACACACACACUACACUGCUUAUCUAACUCACAAAAUAAUUUCAAUGCAAAUGUUAGCUGUACAUCACACUCAAUUGUUAGGCUAAGAAAUGUGAAUUAAUUUUAAUAUUAUUUAUUUGAAUAUAUUUCUAAAUAAAACAGUCAAAGAAAA